AUGGCCUCAGCCCUUCGAGCCAUCCAGCCUAAAGGGCCCUUGAGCUUCCAGUCCCUGCCUGCAGCCCUGCGGCCGUUAGUCCGGGCCUAUCUUCUAGGCUAUGCCUCGGCCGUUGCGCCUCGGCUGUUGACGCUGAUGCUGCAGUUCAUCUCCAAGAAACGCAAGAGCGCAAAGAAGUAUCUCUCCUCGGACAAGGACGAGCGGUCGUUCAAGGACUCGGCUUUCCGAAUCCUACGGACCGGCCUGGAUCCACGACGGUUCCCCACGUUUUGUGCCGCCCUGGUGGGAGGCUCGACUUUGCUGCAGGAACCUCUGCUCAAAAUCAUCGGCCGCGUUGCCACCCAGCUCAGUACGACAUCACAACUCAGACUAGCACGAUGGCUGUCUACAUUCAUAUCAGGAUGGCUCAGCCUCCAGCUUCUCCAGUCUAAGCAGACACAACAGACACCCCCAUCGUGGACAGAUUCCGGUUUGGCUGCAGUGCAGCAGGGCUUGUCCGAAGCCUCAACCGGCGGUUAUGGCGGUCGAACGCUUGACCUCACUCUCUUUGCUGUCACCCGCGCCGCCGACGUCCUCGUCGGUGAGCUGUGGUCUCAACGUCGCUCCCGUCGCAAGGCUUCGGGCAAGUGGACGGUGAUUGAGCAAGUCAUGUCCCGUCUCAUGGACCCCGUCGUGUUUGCCGCCUCCUCAGGCCUCAUCAUGUGGGCAUGGUUCUACUCCCCAGACAGCCUGCCUCGCAGCUACAACAAGUGGAUUACGUCUGCGGCCUCUGUCGACCUACGCCUCAUCGAAGCUCUCCGCCGGUGCAGAAACGGGGAGCUCAUCUACGGCAAGGAGACCGGCCAGGCGCCGCUGCUGGGCUCCAUGUGCGACGACUACGGCCUGCCCACGGAAUGGGGUGACCCUGCCAAGAUCGUCCCGUUCCCCUGCGACCUCGUCCACAUGGGGUGUGGCCCGUCAUGCGAAUAUCAUGCUAUCAGCCGCUUCCUUCGUUCCUGGAAAUGGUCCAUGCUGACCUACCUACCCCUCGCCUUGGCCCUUCAACUACGCAACCCCAGGCGCAUCAACCUCGUCAAGGCCAUCACCGGCUCUACCCGAUCAUCCACUUUUCUCGCUACCUUUAUAACCCUAUUCUACUACGGGGUGUGUCUGGCCCGCACUCGCCUCGGCCCCCGCGUCCUCGGCAAAGAAAUACCGAACCGCCAGCGAAUCGACGAGGGCAUAUGUGUCGGUACCGGAUGCUGCCUUUGCGGAUGGAGCGUCUUUAUCGAGACGGCGGGUAGAAGGAAAGACAUGGCCCUGUUUGUGGCGCCGCGGGCACUAGCAACGUUGGUUCCUCGGCGGUAUCCCCUGGAGAAGCAGUGGCGAGAGAAGUUGAUAUUCGCAGCGAGCACGGCAGUCGUGUUUACUUGCGCCCUCGAGAAUCCAAAGAGAGUUAGAGGCGUGCUAGGGGGUAUUCUGGGCAUGGUGUUGAAGAAAUAA